UGAACAGAAGGAUGCGAGAGGAAAGAAUCAGCAUGCGUGUAUAGAAAUAAAUAUAAAAAGUUAAAUGUAAAAUGUCGAAAACAAGUCAGUAAAUAAGUUGAUGUGAGAUGGAGCAGGCACAGUGUGGGCGAUCCACUUUAUGAGGUCAGUAUAACCACACCUCAGCCUCAGGUCCUCCAAUGUCUAGUAUAGAAUAAGCAAAUCCGUUGAGAGGGUAAAAUAACACCGAAAAUGGCGAAGAAGGAACUGUUAGUGGAAAAUGGGGAAGAAGUCUGCAGAGCUGACUUCUCUCCCAGCUUCGUGUUUGGGGUUGCCACUUCUGCAUAUCAGAUUGAAGGAGCCUGCAACGAGGGCAGCAGGGGUGCUAGCAUAUGGGAUUCUUUUUCACGCACUGAAGGAAAAAUUGUUGAUGGAAGCACAGGAGAUGUGGCAGUUGAUCAUUAUCAUCGAUACAAGGAAGAUGUUGACCUUAUAUCCAAGUUUGGAUUUGAUGCUUAUAGGUUCUCCAUAUCAUGGUCUCGUAUCUUCCCAGAUGGUUUGGGAACCAGAGUCAAUGAUGAAGGAAUUACCUUCUAUAACAAUCUCAUUGAUGCUCUUCUUGAAAAAGGUAUUCAGCCUUAUGUAACUUUGUACCAUUGGGAUCUCCCUCUGCAUCUUCAUGAAUCAAUUGGAGGGUGGUUAAAUAAGCAAAUUGUAAAAUACUUCGCCAUCUAUGCAGAUACUUGCUUUGCACACUUUGGUGAUAGAGUAAAGAAUUGGAUCACUAUAAAUGAACCUCUCCAAACUGCAGUGAAUGGGUAUGAUACUGGGAUAUUUGCUCCUGGAAGAUGUGAAGGUUCAUCAGCAGAACCAUACUUGGCUGCACACCAUCAGAUCUUGGCCCAUGCAACGGCUGUUUCAAUAUACAGAAGCAAGUACAAGGAUAAGCAAGGGGGACAAAUUGGGUUGGUGCUAGAUUGUGAAUGGGCAGAGGCUAAUUCAGAUAAAAUUGAAGAUAAAUCUGCUGCAGCAAGGCGCCUUGAUUUUCAGUUUGGAUGGUACAUGUGCCCGUUAUAUUAUGGUGACUAUCCUGCAGUUAUGCGUGAAAGAAUAGGAGAUCGACUUCCCAAGUUCUCUCAGGAAGAAAAAGAAUUGCUUGGAAACUCAUUGGACUUUAUUGGCCUUAAUCAUUAUACAUCAAGGUUUAUUGCUCAUGUAAACAAUGGUUCUGAAGAAAGUUUUUUCUAUCGAGCACAAGAGAUGGAGAGAACUGUUGAAUGGGAAGGGGGCGAGAAGAUUGGUGAAAAGGCAGCAUCAGAAUGGCUUUACGUUGUCCCUUGGGGCAUCCGGAAGGUUCUCAAUUACAUAGCACAAACGUAUAGUAAUCUCCCAAUAUAUGUCACAGAGAAUGGGAUGGAUGAUGAAGAGAACAGGAGUUUGCCUCUCCAUGAGAUUCUUGAUGACAAAUUAAGAGUUCGUUAUUUUAAGGGAUACCUUGCAGCGGUUGCUCAGGCAAUCAAGGAUGGAGCUGAUGUGAGGGGAUACUUUGCAUGGUCACUAUUGGACAACUUUGAGUGGGCUCAAGGCUACACCAAGCGCUUUGGUUUGGUUUAUGUGGAUUAUAAGAAUGGUCUCACUCGACAUCCGAAAUCUUCUGCCUAUUGGUUCUCACGCUUCUUGAAAGGUGGUGAGAAGAAAAGUGGCAAAGAAGACUAAACUCAAAAUAACAAAACAGUGCUCAAGUUGUUGGCUAUAUAGACCCUGUCUGAUGUUGUGUCUGUAUUUUAUAGAGCUUGAUCAUCAUUGGUGCAUGAUAGGCAAUGGCUACAGUAAGGCUGAUCUUACUGUAAGGUCAAAUGAUGGACUAAUAAUAAUAAAUACUUGUUAAACAUUACCUGUGAGGUCAAAUAAUAGAAUAAAAAAAAAAAUAAAAACCUUGUUAAACA